AUGGCGAUGAUAGACCUGAACUCAGCGACGGAUCUUCCGCUGAAGUUGGCCCUCGUUCUGUUCUAUGGCUUCAUCAUCUAUGGUGUGGCCGUCACAUUUGACAGGCUGUUCCUCAGCCCACUGGCGGCUUUUCCCGGACCUAAACUUGCUGCGCUCACAAACUGGUACGAAUUCUACUACGAUGUGAUACUCCAGGGGCAGUUUACGUUUAAAAUCCAGGAGUUACACAAAAAAUAUGGACCAAUAAUCCGUAUCACGCCUACGGAGUUGCAUGUCGAUGAUCCCGAUUAUUAUGAGCACCUUUACAAUCGUGCUGGUAAAAGAGACAAGUAUCUUUAUUUUUCGGGACGAUUCGGUUAUGCGAGUGACAGUUUCUCCACCUCGGACCAUGAGCGCCAUCGUUUGCGCAGGAAGGCCAUGAGCCCUAUGUUCUCGGUGAAGAAGAUAGAGGAUUUCCAGCCCGUGAUUCUGAACAAGGUCGAGAAGUUUUGUCGAAAGGUGGCAAGGUAUCAGGAUGGGCAAGUAUUGCCUCUGAGCCGUGCGUUGAUGGCCCUUACGACAGACAUCAUUACCGAAUACUCUUUUGCAAGGAGCUAUGAUCACUUGGACAGUCCUGAUUUUACACAUACUUUCCAUGAGGCUCUUGUGGCUAUCUACACAGUCGGACAUUUUGCCUUGCAUUUCUCGUGGGUAUUUCCGGUACUGGAUGUUAUGCCAGAAUGGGUGGUGAAAAAGAUGCAACCUGAAAUCCUACCUGUCGUUGGGUUAAGAAAGGAUUUAGCAGGCCAAGUGAGAGAGCUCCGAGAUGGUCUGAAUGAUGCUCACAAGCAUGUUGACCACCCAACAAUUUUCCACGAGUUGUUGAACAGCGAUCUCCCGACGGAAGAGAAGUCAGAUGCACGUCUAGGAGACGAAGCACAGCUCAUUAUAGCUGCGGGACUCGUCACCACCUCGUGGGCUCUUACAGUAGCCAGUUUCCACAUCAGCAAAACACCUGAAAUCCUCCAGAAUCUGCGAACAGAAUUGGCUGCAGCUGGAUCGACUUCCACCAAACCACUGGACUGGCAUAAACUGGAGCAACUGCCAUAUCUGAACGGAUGUGUUCAUGAGGGUAUUAGGCUUGCUCAUGGUAUUGUGACUCGUGAUCCGCGCCUAGCGCCAGACACUGCGAUCAAAUAUGGAGACUGGGUUAUCCCACCCAACACGCCCGUCUCCAUGACCAAUGUUCAUAUUCUCAUGAACGAAUCCAUUUUCCCGAACCCCAAAGAAUUUAUCCCGGAACGAUGGAUUAACAAUCCAAGUCUGGAACGGUAUUUCGUGCCAUUUGGAAAGGGAACAAGAGCCUGUGCUGGAAUCAACCUUGCUCAAGCCGAACUUUAUAUCACCCUGGCCGUGGUAUUUAGUCGAUUUACUUUUGAGCUGCAUGAGACAGACCUAUCGGAUGUUCAAAUGAAGCACGCAUAUCUCGUACCUUAUCCGAAGUGGGAUUCCAAGGGGGUGAGAGUUAAGGUUAAGGGUAACUAG